CAGAAAGAACAGUCAAAAUGCAGGCAGGGAACAAGACAAAGCAGUAGGGACAAAAUGUCAAAAAAUGACUUUUUUUAAAUUUGCCGCCGGUUACGGCCCGACGUCACAGGGACCGGAACACGGAAGCCAGAUGCCGGCAUCGGCCGGAGGAGAUGACCGGGGACACUGCAGGGGACACAUCGCGGGAGCGAAGGACAGGGUAAGCACUGCAGGGACUUCCUGAGCAACGCCGCAUGGUAAGCCCGAGUGUAGCUCAGGGUUACCGCUCUUGGUACUGAAAU